AGCUGGGGGUUGGCCUCCUGUCAUAAUGGCGCUGGCCGUCUUGCGCGUCCUGGAUCCCUUCCCGACCGAGACGCCGCCGUUGUCAGUGCUGCUGCCUCCCGGGGGCCCGUGGCCUGCGGCGGGGCUGGGCUUGGUGCUGGCCCUGCGGCCGGCAGACGAGAGCCCUGCGGGCCCGGCGCUGCUGGUGGCGGCUCAGGAGGGCCCGGGCGCGGGGCCCGGGGAGCAGGGGCCCGGGCCCCCGCAGCUCCUCGUGAGCCGCGCGUUGCUGCGGCUCCUGGCGCUGGGCUCCGGGGCGCGGGUGCGGGCGCGGCCCGUGCGGCGGCCCCCGGCGCUCGGCUGGGCGCUGCUGGGCGCCUGCCCGGGGCCCGGGCUCGGGCCUCGCGUCGGGCCGCUGCUGGUGCGGCGUGGGGAGACCCUGCCGGUGCCCGGGCCGCGCAUUUUGGAGACGCGGCCGGCGCUGCAAGGGCUGCUGGGUCCCGGGACGCGACUGGCCGUCACCGAGCUCCGCGGUAGGGCCAGAUUGGGACUGGAGAGUGGGGACGGCAGCCGGCCCCCACCCCCGCCUAUAGCAUCCUCCUUUGCUGUUUCCGACACCGUCCGGCAACUCCGAGGAGUUCUAGGGGGGGCUGGAGAUUCACUAGGGGUGAGCCGGAGCUGCCUCCGUAGUCUCGGCCUCUUCCAGGGCGAAUGGGUGUGGGUGGCCCGGGCCGGAGAGUUACCGUCGAACACUUCCCAGCCGCAUCUGGCCAAGGUGCAGGUCCUAGAGCCUCGCUGGGACCUCUGUGAGAGACUGGGACCUGGCUCUGGGCAGCUGGCAGAGCCGACCGCUGACGGACUGGUACACGUGCCUGCCACUCUGGCUUUUAAUCUCGGCUGUGACCCCUUGGAAGUGGGAGAGCUCAGAAUUCAGAGGUACUUGGAAGGCUCCGUCACCCCCGAAGACAAAGGAAGCUGCUCACUGUUGCCCGGGCCUCCAUUUGCCAGCGAGUUACACAUUGAAAUUGUGUCCUCGCCCUACUACAGCAUUAGUGGGAACUAUGACCGUGUUCUUUACCAGCACUUUCAGACACCCAGGGUGGUCCAGGAAGGGGAUGUUCUAUGUGUGCCAACUGUUGGGCAAGUAGAGAUCCUGGAAGGAAGUCCGGAGAAACUGCCCAGGUGGCGGGAAAUAUUUUUUAAAGUGAAGAAAACAGUUGGGGAAGCCGCAGGUGGGCCGACCAGCACGUACCUGGCCGACACCACCCAUACCUCCUUAUACACGGGGGGCUCUACCUUGAGCCCUGUUCCAGCGCUGUCUUUAGAACGAUCUGUCUGGAGCGGCUUGUCCCCGCCAGGCCUGGAGGCCUUGGUGACUGAGCUGUGUGCGGUGCUGCAGCCGCGCCUCCAGCCUGGGGGGGCCUUGCUGGCAGGAGCUAGCUGCGUCCUUCUUCGCGGGUCCCCCGGCAGCGGGAAGGCCACGGCGGUGGCUGCUGCCUGCAGUCGCCUUGGGCUCCACUUACUCAAGGUGCCCUGCUCCAGCCUCUGUGCCGACAGCAGUGGGGCCACCGAGACGAAGCUGCAGGCGGCCUUCGCCCGCGCCCGCCGCUGCAGGCCUGCGGUCCUCCUGCUCACGGCGCUGGACCUUCUGGGCCGCGACCGCGACGGGCUGGGCGAGGACGCACGCGUCGUGGCCACGCUGCGCCGCCUCCUCCUGGAUGAGGACCCGCUCAGCAGCUGCCCUCCGCUGAUGGUGGUGGCCACCACGAGCCGGGCGCAGGACCUGCCCGCGGACGUGCAGACGGCGUUCCCGCACGAGCUGGAGGUGCCCGUGCUGUCGGAGGGGCAGCGGCUCCGCGUCCUGCGGGCCCUCACCGCCCGCCUCCCCCUGGGCCAAGAGGUGAACCUGGCGCAGCUGGCGCGCCGCUGUGCGGGCUUUGUGGUGGGGGAUCUCCGCGCCCUCGUGACCCACAGCAGCCGGGCAGCCUGCACCAGGAUCAAGAACUCGGGUCUGGCAGGCGACCUGAGCGAGGAGGAGGAGCGGGACUGGUGUCUGGCUGGCUUCCCCCUCCUGGCCGAGGACUUCGGGCAGGCGCUGGAGCGACUGCAGACGGCUCACUCCCAGGCCGUGGGCGCGCCCAAGAUCCCCUCGGUCUCCUGGGGCGACGUGGGCGGGCUGCAGGAGGUGAAGAAGGAGAUUCUGGAGACCAUCCAGCUCCCUCUGGAGCACCCCGAGCUGCUGAGCCUGGGCCUGAGGCGCUCAGGCCUCCUGCUCCACGGGCCCCCCGGCACGGGCAAGACCCUGCUGGCCAAGGCCGUGGCCACCGAGUGCAGCCUCACCUUCCUCAGCGUGAAGGGGCCGGAGCUCAUCAACAUGUACGUGGGCCAGAGCGAGGAGAACGUGCGAGAAGUGUUUUCCAGGGCCAGGGCCGCUGCCCCGUGCAUCAUUUUCUUUGAUGAACUGGACUCCUUGGCCCCCAGCCGGGGUCGGAGUGGAGACUCUGGCGGCGUGAUGGACAGGGUGGUAUCUCAGCUCCUGGCCGAGUUGGAUGGGCUUCACAGCACUCCGGAUGUGUUUGUGAUCGGAGCCACCAACAGACCCGACCUCCUGGACCCUGCCCUUCUGCGGCCUGGCAGGUUUGACAAGCUGGUGUUCGUAGGGGCCAAUGAGGACCGGGCCUCCCAGCUGCGCGUCUUAAGCACCAUCACGCGCAAAUUCAAGCUGGAGCCCUCGGUGAGCCUGGCGGGCGUGCUGGAUUGCUGCCCUCCCCACAUGACCGGCGCGGACCUCUACUCGCUCUGCUCGGAUGCCAUGAUGGCUGCCCUCAAGCGCAGGGUCCACGACCUGGAGGAAGGACUGGAGGCCGGGGGCUCGGCGCUGCUGCUCACCAUGGAGGACUUGCUGCAGGCCGCUGCCCGCCUGCAGCCCUCGGUGAGCGAGCAAGAGCUGCUGCGCUACAAGCGCAUCCAGCGCAAGUUCGCCGCCUGCUAGGAGCCGCCUGCCACCGGGGACUGGCCACGACGGCCCCCCACGGACCCGAGAGGACCCAGCUGAAGACACCCCCCCCCCCAGGGCCCCAGGACAGGCAGGUCAGGGCCGGGCCCGCUGGGGAGGAGUGCUCAGUGCUGUGAA